GUGCUUGUCACAGCAGAGAGGGCUGUCCUUUUCACUUCGGGCUGUAAUUUAAACAUCUCUCCUCUGGCUGGGCUUCCUCCCGUUCAUACCUGCUCACCGACCGUCUGUUUCCGUCUGGGGCUCGAGGGAUGAAGAUCCUCAGCCGCCAGGUGUAGCCCUGCACCGGCAGACCCGUCUGCAGCGCCAUGAGCGCGGAGGAGCGCAGCUCGGCGAUGUCGCAGAAGGUCUCCCUGUCACGCAGCAACAGCAGCUCCUCAUCCAAGCAUGACAGCCGACAGGACAGCUGGGAAAUUGUGGAGGGCCUGCGCGGAGGCUUCAGCAGCGUGCUGGAGCCACAGAAACAGGAGGGCUACAUGCUAAAGAGGAGGAAGUGGCCCAUGAAGGGCUGGCAUAAGAGAUACUUUUUCUUGGACAAGGGUAUCCUCAAGUAUGGCAAGUGCAGCGCUGAUAUUGAGAAAGGAAAACUGCAUGGUUGCAUCGACGUGGGUCUCUCCGUCAUGGCCAUUAAGAAGAAAGCCAAGUGCAUUGAUCUUGAUGCUGAGGAAAACAUCUAUCACCUGAAGAUUAAGUCACAGGAGCUGUUUGACGAAUGGGUUUCCAAGCUGCGUCACCAUCGGCUCUAUCGGCAAAAUGAGAUUGCCAUGUACCCAAACGAGAAGUCCUUCUACUAUCCCCACUACCCCUCCCCCAACUCCCCCAGCGUGACGGACGGUGGCUCUAUUAGAAAGUGCCUGCCGAUACGCAGGCAGUCCACUGUGCCUUCUGCAGGAGCCUUUCCUCUCAGCCAGGCCAAAGUCGCUGCGUGGCUCCAGUCAUCUGACGAUAUGGACAAAUGCUCCAAAGACCUGUCGGUGUGUGAGGCCUACCUGCUGGAGCUUAGCCAUCUGCUUCAGAGCAUGGAGGUUCUUCAUCGUACAUAUUCUGCUCCAUCUAUCCAAGCACUGCAGGCCUCUACGUUUGACAGCCCUAAAAAAGAAAAGAGACUCCCAAGAAAGUGGCGCACUAAAAACUACAAUAAAGAUGUCAAAGCAACGCUGCAGGUACCCAGCUGCAUAUCUUCCAUUCGCCUGCACGCCUCGAACCCAAACCUCUCCACCGCCGCACUGGGAAUCGAUAAAGUCGACCCCGAAUGCCUGGAUUCUGCUUUUGACGUGGCCAAGCUGCAGGAGGACUUCUGCCGUGUGGCGACCAACUUGCACACGACCAUGAAGUCAGCCCUCACUUCACUGACGUCUGAGAGAGAGAGGCUGAAGCAGUGCCUGGAUCACGACUCGUGUCCCCCUACUUCGCCGCAGGUCGUCAGCUUGAAGAACACGCUGGCGGCGGCUUUAGCCCAGAACUCUGAGCUGAGAGAGCGGCUGGGCAAGAUUCACGCAGAGUCCCACAUCGUAGAGCCCCCACUAAUAAAUCUCACUGCCCCUGUGCAGAAACAGGACACUGUAGACGACUCCCGUCCCCUCGUGCACCAAGUGUCCAACGAGAGCCGAGCUUCAAUCGCCGAGUCUUUAUCCGAGUUCUUUGACGCACAAGCAGUUCUCCUGUCGGCGAGUUCCUCUGAAAAUGAGGUAUCAGAGGAUGACUCAUACAUCAGUGAUAUAAGUGAUAAUAUUUCCAUGGACAACUUCAGCAACGAGAAUGAGAGCGAAAGACCAAAUUCAGGUUCAGCGGAGGACGGAGCAGCGCUGUGUCAGCGGAGAACCUGUCUGCCUUCACCCAGCCCCACUAACAGCACCAUCAGCCUGUGGAACAUCCUCAGAAACAACAUCGGCAAAGACCUGUCCAAGGUGGCGAUGCCAGUGCAGCUUAACGAGCCUCUCAACACCCUGCAGAGGCUGUGCGAGGAGCUGGAGUACAGCGAGCUGCUAGACAGAGCGGCAGCCACGCAGGACCCCUUCGAACGGAUGAUCUACAUCGCUACAUUUGUUGUGUCCGGCUAUGCGUCCAGCUACUACAGAACCGGCGGAAAGCCUUUCAAUCCUGUUCUCGGAGAGACCUAUGAAUGCGACCGGCCAGAUAAAGGGUUUCGGUUCGUCGCUGAGCAGGUCAGCCAUCACCCGCCGAUCUCAGCUUGCCAUGCAGAAUCGAAAAACUUUGUCUUUUGGCAAGACGUGAGGUGUAAGAACAAAUUCUGGGGAAAGUCGAUGGAGAUUGUUCCUGUGGGCACCACUCAUGUAACUCUCCCCGGGUUUGGAGACCAUUAUGAGUGGAACAAAGUGACGUCCUGCAUCCACAACAUCCUCAGUGGACAGCGCUGGAUUGAGCACUACGGGGAAAUCACCAUCAGAAACUCCGGCAGUGAUAUCUGUCAGUGCAAGAUUACCUUUGUUAAGGCCAAAUACUGGAAUUCAAGUAUGAACGAGGUGGAGGGAACGAUAACAGACAGCAAGGGGAAGGUUGUGCACAGACUCUUUGGAAAAUGGCACGAAGCAGUCUUCUGUGGAGAUCCGCCGUCAGCCACGUGCGUCUGGAGAGCGAGUGCGAUGCCAGCGGACUAUGAGCAGUACUAUGGCUUCACUAAGUUUGCAAUUGAGCUGAACGAGUUGGAUCCGUCUUUGAAACUGCUCCUGCCGCCCACAGACACCAGACUACGAGUGGACCAAAGACUGCUGGAGGAGGGGAACCUGGAGGCCGCGGAGGAACAGAAGCAGAGGAUCGAAGAGCUGCAGAGGGAGAGACGGAGAGUCCUGGAGGAGAGCGAUGCAUCACAUCAAACUAAAUUCUUCAGGAAGUCAAAAGAUGACGAGUGGGUGAGCAACAACACGUACUGGGAGCUGAGGAAGGACCCCGGCUUCACCCACAUCGAUUUUCCUACACUGUGGUGACCCCGUCAGCCACCCGCACGGCCUCCACCGUGUUUCAGGCUGGGAGAUGUCUGCAUCACGGCUUCAUCAUCUGCAUUCAGUACUGGCCCUCAGUAUUGCAGUUCAUUGAAAGUGAUUGCCUUAAAAGAAAAAAAAAAAAAACAAGUGCUCAUCUAAGUUGUGUAAACAUGUUUAUGCAAGGUAUUUAUGAGAAUGUUGAUCGAUUUAGGAAAUUUAGCCUACUUUUCCCUUCUGUUGCAUUGUACUGAACCGCUCACACCGAAAUAAAGAAAACUGUGGAAUAAAGGAGGAAAAUCCUUUUCAUAGUUUAUACACACUAUCUUAACAUGUGCUGAUCAGCUGGUCACUUUAGUCAAUGUCUUAUCAUGAACAUUUUCUACCUCUGAGACGACCUUAGCCUUGGAAUGCCAUUAAGUGAACACGUUUGGUAUUUAUUCUGCAUCUGCCUGAUGCCUUACUGCUUUUACUCACGUUGCUUUAUUUAUUUUUCUUUCAAUUCCUGGAUGUUUUUAAAGAUCUUUAUUCUGUAAGGGAACUCUUGAGAACAAACGAGUUGUUCAAACGUGACCUUACUGAGCUGAGCUUCUCAUAAAAGAAUCCAGUGCUUUGGCUAUACCUGUCUGAAUGAUUGUGCAACUAUUAGCGGCAGUAGCAAAUAUCAAAUGCAGCUCUUUUUCCACUAUAUCCACUGUACCAUUGUCAAUAUGGACCCAAAGUUUUGGGUUCAAAAUGUUGAAAAGUCUGCUCAAUGAGCUCAAUUAAAAUGUUUUUUUUUUCUUUA